GACAGGUCAAAGAACAUCUUCAAUGAAUUGGCCCAAGGGAGCUAAAGCUCAGGAAGUAGCUACAAAUUUCAACUCAAACAAUCCUUUUUUCACAAUUCUCAUAAAGCCGAUUAAUCUGGUACAAAAUCGGCUGUAUAUACCGAGUUUAGAAGGGGUUAUUGAGAACAAGGAGAAGAAUGUGAUGCUGCAGAUUGGGAAAAGAUCAUGGAAUGUGAAAUUGCUCCCUUUUUACAGUGCUACAAAUAAAUAUGGCCGUCGUCUUUCAGCCGGUUGGUCAUUGUUUGCAAGUGAAAGUGGACUGAAACCAGGAGAUGUUUAUGUCUUUGAACUGAUAAACAAGAGUGAUUUAGUUUUUAAAGUUCAUGUUUUCUGAAGGGACAAAAUUAAUGUAUGUCUAUUUUGGAUGCUAUUGUUUUGAGGGAUAGUAACUUGAACAAAGUAACACUUCCACUUUGGUUAUAUAAUUGGAACUAAUUGAACCUUAGUUGUGGACUGAGUUAGUGGUUGGCUCCAGCGACUAUGGAGCUCAUAUUUUGUAUGAUUUUCAUUCCAAAUAUAUUUUUCAAUGCGCGUGCCAUUGGUAAUGAUUCUACUACGGUGCCACAAAUUCACAAACUGGUUCUAUGUAUAAUCGUGGUUGUUAAUUAGAUUCCGGAGGAGCUACUUCGACAAAGAAGGUCUAACCAUCCGUCAGAGAAAAAAGAACCAUUGGCUCUUCUAGAUCUCUCAGAAAUCUUUUUUCAUUUUGGACCAUAUGUUUACCAUUCUCACCAAAGAA